AUGACCAAUACAUGUACACGAACGUCUGAAGUUGAUAAGACAGUAAACGCCUUGCUGGAGGUAUUGGAGCGAGAAGAGGAUAUCCUGGAGACAGAAUGGAUACAGAGAGAAUCGUUACCACGACUGACUGACCUGACACAAUCAUUUGGACGACCGAUGGGAUCUCCACUCUCACCUCUUUUGGAAAAUAUGUACAUGGACAAGUUGGAAAGAGAAUUCGAGAAGUCACCACUGCAGCCAAGAAUGCUUAUGCAAUAUCUGGAUGACUACUUUGCACUUUUGUCACAUGCCAAAAAUUGCAUCAAGGUGCUAUUAAAGGAGAAGAAAACACUUUUCGCAAGUCUGCCGACGCAACACGAGAAGACUGACAAAAUGGACUGCUCUGGAGUUUAUCGCAUCAAAUGCGGCACUUGUGAGCAGAAGUAUAUCGGUCGAACAGGAAGAAAAACGGCCUACGAAUCAAGCAAAAUUCAAAACUCUCCUAAAAACAUGGAUACGGAAGAAACUGAAAUAGCGGAACAUAUUGCACGAACGGAGCAUGAAAUCGACUGUAAAUCGGCCGAAAGGCUGGCUGCAUAUGGUGAAAAUACGAGAAAGCGCAAGAUCCGAGAGGCCAUCGAAAUACUGACAGAGAGGAGUCUAUUGAAGAGGAGACUUGAAGAAGGCAGGAUCAGCGAAAACAUUGCAAAUUGCCUAAACAAACUCAGAGAAUACCAGACAACA